CCCGUGUCGCUGAGCUGCCUGGCGCAGCUGCACUCGCUGCGCAUCAGCGUGCCGCCGGACCUCAGGCCGGAGGAGGCGCGGAGGGCGGUCAUGGUGCAGGUUGGCGAGCUGCUCCGUCGCCACGGCGAGGCGGGUCUGCCCCGGCUGGACCCGCUGGAGGACAUGGACCUGCGGGACCCGCAGCUGCCGGAGAUCGUGGGCCGCAUCGAGGCCCUGGAGGCGCAGCUCAGCCGCAACCCCGUCUUCCGCGCGGAGAAGGACGCCACCAAGCUGGCGCCCUACCUGCGGCGAGCCGCCCUGGCGGCGCGCGCGGAGGAGCUGCGGGGGCAGAUGCGCACCAGCCAGCUGAGCGCCUUCAGGGAGGAGGCGGGGUGCCGCAUGGCGGUGCUGAGGAGGCUGGGACACAUCGACGAGGAGGGUGUCGUAACGCUCAAGGGCCGCGCCGCCUGCGAGAUCGACACCGCUGAUGAGCUGCUUGCUGCGGAGCUGCUUCUGAACGGCACCUUCAGCCGCCUGGAGCCCGCGCAGCUGGUGGCGCUGGCCAGCUGCCUGGUGCCCGUGGAGAAGAGCGCGGAGGCAAUCAAGCUGACGGCGCAGAUGGCGGAGCCGCUGGCGCAGCUGCAGGCCGCCGCCCGCCACAUCGCGGAGGUGAGUCGCGAGUGCAAGCUGGAUCUGGACCCCGAGGAGUACGUGGAGGGCUUCAAGCCCGCGCUGAUGGACGUCAUGUACGCCUGGAGCAAGGGCGCGACCUUCGAGCAGGUGUGCGACAUGACGGACAUCUUCGAGGGCUCGCUGGUGCGCGCCACCCGGCGACUGGACGAGCUGCUGGGGCAGCUGGCUGCUGCGGCGGCCGCGGUGGGGGACAUGCAGCUGGCGGACAAGAUCCGGGCGGCCACGGAGACCAUCCGGA